UCACAUGGUUGACGUGCGCUGAGCGCUGAAGAAAAGGAACAGCAGGCGCCAUGCGCUUCCAUCAAACUCACGGCUCGCGCUGAGACUUCACAAGUGUCAAACCAUAGAUGUCGCGGGAAUGUGAGAGCGUCACGUUGCCCUCCGUCAACUGGAAUGAAAUUGGCAGCGGGGGCGCAGGGACAAUUUCGCUUGUGGAUACUUGUAGUGAAGUUGCAGGCUGAGACUGUAAUACAGGAAUACAGCACAGCGCUGAAACAUGGAGGGAAACUCAAGGGAAAGCGACAGUCUGGAGCGAGAGCGACAGUACUGCGAGCUGUGCGGGAAAAUGGAGAACCUAAUGAAGUGCGGACGGUGUCGUAGCUCCUUCUACUGCAGCAAAGAGCACCAGAGACAGGACUGGAAGAAGCACAAGCGGGUGUGCAAGGAGGCCGAGAAGCAGCAGCAGCCGCCGCCGCCGGCUGAAGAGCCCAGCGCCGAACAGAGCAACACUUCAGAACAGUCGAACUCUUCUCAGAGUGACUCUACUCUUACGUCACCCGGCGAAAGAAUGUCAGAUUUUAUCACGUCCGCCACAGGCUCUGACAGCAAGCCGACCGCGGACUGCUCGAAACCCAACGGACAGACGCGGUCGCCCCCUCAGAAACUGGCCACGGACUAUAUCGUGCCCUGCAUGAACAAGCACGGGAUCUGUGUGGUUGACAACUUCCUAGGUGACGAGGUCGGACACUGUGUUCUGGAGGACGUGCAGGCGCUUUACCUGACCGGCGGAUUUACGGACGGACAGCUGGUCAGUCAGAGAAGCGACUCGUCUAAGGACAUUCGGGGGGAUAAGAUCACCUGGGUGGAGGGGAAGGAGGCCGGCUGUGAGAGGAUAGCGUUUCUCAUGAGCCGCAUGGACGAUCUGAUCCGACACUGUAACGGGAAACUGGACAACUACAGGAUCAAUGGAAGGACGAAAGCAAUGGUGGCGUGUUACCCUGGCGAUGGGACAGGAUAUGUACGGCAUGUGGAUAACCCUAACGGAGAUGGGAGAUGUGUCACAUGCAUAUAUUACCUGAAUAAAGACUGGGAUGCCAAGGACCAUGGUGGCCUUUUGCGGAUCUUUCCAGAGGGAACCUCUCAGUUUGCAGACAUAGAGCCCAAGUUUGACAGACUUCUGCUGUUUUGGUCAGACAGACGGAACCCACAUGAGGUCCAGCCAGCUUACGCCACAAGGUAUGCAAUAACGGUGUGGUAUUUUGACGCUGAUGAGCGAGCUCGAGCUAAGGAGAAAUAUCUAACAGGUUCUGGUGAAAGGAGCGUUAAGGUGGAGCUAAACAAGCCGUCAGAGCCCAGCUAAUGAACGAGGGAUGAAUGAAGAGGAGUGUACAGGGUUGGACCUCCAGUGUGCUCCAGAGAGAUGAUGAGCAGAGGGCAGAAGAAAGUCAGGAAGCGACUUUCUCUCAUUCACCUCUCCAUCUGUCAUCUAUAAGGGGCUUCUCAUAGGGACUCAGAAUGUGAAGACAGGCGUGAAGACACAUUUUUUGUGUUUCCUUAAUGAAGAAUGCAGGCUUACAUGAGCAUAGGAUGGACAUAAUGCGAAACUUGAGGGUGUUUGUGCACUUGUUCAACACAAGAUUUUGAGCUAUGACCCCUACAGUUUCCUUCCCCGGUCCCCCUUGUCAACUUUAUUAUUGCACGUGUUAAUAAAGGUACAGUUUUGUUUGGCAAGGCAUAUGCAGAAACAACACAGAAAACCCCUUUUAAGGUUAGAAGCUCUGUGCAAUGUCCUAUACGUGUUAUUCUGCUCAUAAACCAUUGGAUUUGUGUUUUUGUAUGGCUCUUAAUUCCCCUUUCCAAUCUCUCCUAAUUGGAGCCACAAGGAACGUGAUUUAUCAUGGCUUCCACUUGUUGCUUAGUCACCGGGAGCAUUGCUGGAUUGUCUUUGCUAGUCAUCAGCGAUAUGUCUGUUGUUGCAGACGUUACUGUAUGUCUCUCCUGUCUUAAGCCAAACUUGACAUCUCAUGUCUAACAGCCCUGAGUUUUAAAUAAAAAAAAAGCAGUUUUCCUAAAUA